GUGAUUCAUUCAGAAAGUAGGUUAGAGUCGCGCCGAAGUAAAAACGACACAAGACCGGCGAUUGCCAAAUCUUAAUACACAGAGCAAAGCAGCUGAUCGAGUCGCUGCAUUUCUUCACGGAUACAGGAUGGCGCUGAAGUUGAUUCCCUGGUUGCUGCUUUCGCUCAAGCUUGUGGUCACAGCCCAGAAGCAAACCAACGGUCAAGAAUGCAAACAAGGCGAGUUCUGGAAUGCAGAUGCAGUGGCGUGUAUAGAUUGCAGUAUAUGUAAAACACACCCAAAGACACCAUCCUGCGAUACAUGCGAGCAGGAGCAAGUUCCCACUCUUAACGCCUGGAUGGUCGUGGCUCUGGUCAGCCUCUCGCUUGUCGUCGUCAUAACGACAGUGGCAGUGGGCAUGUACGUGCGGCAGUGGAGGGAAAAACGGAACGCCUUUCUUAGCGAGCCUAUUGAAGAAACGGCAGGACCUUUGUAUGCAGAACCCUAAACAGAAACACAGACAGAGAGUCAAAAUCGGCUAAAACGCCAGCACAACGCAAACGAAGCACUGAACAUUGCAGAAGACUAACGACCCAAUCGUGAAAGAGCUUCAGACAGACAGACAGACAGACAGACAGACAGACGGACAGACAGUGGCUAGGGUCCAGUGUAGCUGCGGUGGCAUUCCUAAUUGCCUUGAUAAGAAGUAUCAGUCAGCAGCUUCUCAAUAAAUCCAUCCAAAUUUGAAAAAAAAAAAAAAGCCAUCCUUCCCUCACCUUUACAAUCGGGUGCCUGUCAAUGGCAACAGGAAGCACAUUUUCUUCUCAUCUGCAGGGGGCGCUGGUAUUUUUACUGCCGUACCCCUGAGGCCUUGCACAAAGGCGUCUGCUAAAUAAAUAAACAAAUAAACAAAUAAGUAAAUAAAUAAAUAACCAGCUCACAAUGAAAAGUCGACAAACGCUUCUGUUAACGGCAAUUUUUACGGGUUGGAGUAUUCUGAGCCAUGCGCAUGAAACGGCAGCUGAUGUUCUAAAGCUUGCUUGGUAAUCAGUCGCUGUGCAGCGCGGUUUCGUCUCAGGACUGCUGUCUGUAGCAGAAAAAAAAAACACAGGGCAGUCCACUGUGAAGCUUGCUGGUAGAACUGUGAUCGGCUGUCAGGCUGCUAGCUUGGGUGCCUGGCGGUUAUUACAACAGCCUCCCUAAAACAGUCGCUGUGCUGCAGAUCGAGUAUCGCUUCACCAAAAAUUAUUCAGACAGUUACCACUACAUGCAGACGCAAAGCUUCUCUGGCUCUGACUCCCCCCUGCGCACCACGCGCCCGUGCCUUUACCAGGGGAGACCCUCGAGGGACCCCUGCGCUCCCCUGACUGUGUGACAGUCCCCUGCGCACCACGCACCCGUGCCUUUACCAGGGGAGACCCUCUGGGACCCCUGCGCUCCCCUGACUGUGCGACUCCCCCCUGCGCACCACGC